UAGAGAGACUACAGAAGCCCGUGAAGUCACAAGAAAAACAGCUCCUCGUAAUUCACUGGAAAGUGAAGAAUAUGUUAAAGAUAUUAUAGGCUUAUUGAAUGCAAAAGACUUCCGCGAUCGAAUAAAUGGCAUUAAGCAGCUGUUAUCAGAUACAGAGAACAACCAAGGCUUUGUUGUUGCAAACAUUGUGAAGAUCUUCGAUGCUUUCAAGUCUCGCUUGCAUGACUCAAACAGUAAAGUAAAUCAGGUUGCUUUGGAGACAAUGCACAAGAUGAUCCCGUUGCUGAAAGACAAUUUAUCACCUGUGAUCAACAUGUUAAUUCCUGCCAUCGUGGACAACAACCUGAACUCCAAAAAUCCAGGGAUUUAUGCAGCUGCCACAAAUGUUAUUCAGGCUCUGUGUCAACAUUUAGCCAUUCUGCACAAAAGCCCAGUUUCUGAAUGGAAAAGCCAAACAAGACAUGACAGAAAAGCUUGCUGGUAAAGUGAUGUUUUACUUUGCAUGUUUGUUUGUGUACCAUCCUGAUUAUGCCAACUCAUUGUAGGAUGGUGGUGGCUAUAUAUCUUCUGUCACAGUAGAUUGUGGGCAUUAAUGAUGCAGCAGUUGUCAGAUUUCACCUCCUUCUAAUACAAAUUGAAGCUAAUGCUG